ACUUAUUCACUAAAUUCAGUAAUGGCGGUUGGACAUUAUUUUCUCUUUGACAGUACUUGAUAGUUUAUGGUUAUAUAUCUAAGACAAAUGUUUUGUCCAUAACACGGAUAUAAGAAUGAUAAUAGAACCGCUACUGAUUUUGUCUUUGACCAUUUUAACAGAGAUAUCAGGAGAGGAAACAUACUGCGUUAAUCGUAACGACAGGUUUCCAUGUGAACAUGGUUGCUGUGGAGAUUAUAAGGACCAGCACUGCUGCUCGUUCGCGGGACUGAUCGUCGGCAUCAUUGUGGGAGUGGCGCUUCUUAUUGCGGUGAUAGCCGGGAUAAUUUACUGCUGGCUCAAGAAACAUUGGAGGAAGGAGUCACGUGAUCCCAUGGCGGUGCCAAGUCACAAUUGCCGAGGAGCUAAUGUCACGGUACUUCACCAGUCGAGGACUAUGGCCUUCACUACAGGUUCCUCCAAUCACAGUUCCGGAUUAUCUCCGUACGAUCUGACUUUUAAUCAACAGUUUCCUCCGCCCUACAGUGCACAAGUGCCCCAGGCCCCAAAGUAUUCCCCACCCCAGGCCCGUAAGUUUUCCCCGCCCCCUUACUCGCAAGCCCCACCCCCUUACUCAGCCAAGACUCCCGCGCAACGAACAACUUUACACAGCAUUGGAAGUGAAAGCAAUAUCAUCACCUCAGCCAGCUCACGGAUUGGUCCGCCACCUGUCUCCUAGUUACUGCUGAUGACGUUUAUUUUACAAAAUAUAAAGAUGUACAAUAUGUUUUGAUAAUGGAAUAUACUUGUUAUGUAAAAACUGAUUUGUGAUAAAGUUUUACAUGAAUUUUCAUACAUGUACCGUGAAAGCUCUAAACCCCCGAGUCUAAGAAUAAGUAUAUUGUCAAGCAAUUUCAAAGUAGUUAAGCCCUGCAAAGGAACGCGUGAGAAUGAUCUCGUCGUUCUUCUAUGACUUUACUGCAAGUGACACGCUCUAUGAAACAUAAUAUGCAGUUUUUAUAAAACUAUGCUGCUGGUUAUCUGUUUAAAAGGGAGCUAAAUGUAAGUACGUCACUGUCGUACGUCACAUGUGACGUCAUGAUGACACAAAAGUAAGAUAUUUGAGAAAGGUAGAUGGAAAGAAGGAAACCGUAUUAAUGAAACAGAAUUUUAGGUCACCAGAGUCAUUCAGGUGACCUAUUGCUGUUGGUCUGCGUCCGUCGUCGUCCUUCGAACAUUAUUAAAUUCUUCUUGAUAGCUACCAUUCCGAUUCUUAUCAAAAUUGUUUAUCGGAACUGCCUGCAGAAUGCAAAGACCGAACUAUAUCAAAUUUAGUAUAAAGAAUCUUUGGGACAAGAGGGACAUAAAUUGUAAAUUUUACAACUCCUUUACCCUUGUGCCUUAUGGGCAGGGCGAAAACUGCUAAAAUUGACUCAUUUUCAAAAAUGGUCUUCUUUACAACCGCAAGUGUGUAGGAAAACUAAAUGCAUAUUGAUAUAGAACAGGGAGGCCUCUAUCAAAAUUGUAAAUUUCAUGAUCUCUGGGGUAGAGGUUCCAACUCCAGGUGAGGCCAAACUUGGUAUAUAGAGUUUAUGUGUAAAACAUUUGAAAACAUCUUCUUAAAUUUUAUUGGUAUGAAAUGGAAUCUAAAUGGAUAUUUGGAAGGAACAGGUAGUCUAUUACCAAAAUUAUAAAUUUCAUGAGCCCAAGGUUAGGGGUUAUGGUACCAGGGUGGGACCAAAAUUAUAAUUGUAAUUAUAAUGAGUUUGAAAUACUUCAUUAAUUUUGCUGUACUGCAUAGAAACUAACUGCAUAUUCAGGAAAAGCAGAAAGGGGUGUUCCAAAAUGGUGAAUUCGCAAUCCCAGGGUUCUGAUUCUAGGGUGGAUGUAAAAUAGUCAUAUCGUGUUAAUGUUGUACAUAGAAUAUGUUAUGUAAAGUCGUUCACCAGUAUAUAGGCACUUUCAGGGACAUCUAUAAUUUAAGAGCACAUCUUGAUUUAUACUGCUGCUGAAUAUUAGAAGUUAGCUUAGAUAUGCAGAACAAGAAAACUAUCAGAGAAAAUUAUUCCAUAACCUUUGGAGCUAGUCAUACUUUUAACUAAUACUCAGGUUACCAAUAAGGCUUGUGGGCCUAGGCCUUAUUCCUGAUUUCUGGUUUUCGACGUGGUGCUUGAUUGAGUGCGUAUUACAUCUCAUGGCCUCAUUAUAUUAGCGGGGCUAAAUAACAUCUAUAAAGCUGUGAUAUAUAAUUUUGAUAGAUUUUUUUUAAUUUGUAAUAAUAUUGAUUCUAAGUUUGACAAUAUCCAGAUAAUCCUAUUGAAAUGAAUAAUGGCAUAUUGGUUUUUUAAAAGACAUAUUAUGGAUUUGUUCAGAGAGAGAGAGAGAGAGAGAGAGAGAGAGAGAGAGAGAGAGAGAGAGAGAAUAUACUCAUUCACAGUAAGCGGAUAUGCAAUUUUGUUAUUGUUUGUUUGGUUUUUUAAUUGUUGUGUUUGUUUGAUUUUAAUUGUUUGUUUGUUUGUGUUUUAUCACAGAUUCACAUUCUACGCUAUACUAUAGUCAUAUUAAUAACAAUUACAUGUAUUUAAAAACGUGAUGAUAGACAACACCUCAAGUUUGUGCAAAGAUUCUCUUCUUUUUUCUAACCGAUAAGACCAUUUUGAAAAUAAAUUAUAAUGUAACAAUGA